AUGGUUUCCGUUGCGGCCGGAUAUACGGAGCUGCGUGUCCACGGCCAGCGGACCCCUCGGCGUCUGGACCUGGGCGCUCACCCGCUUCAGCCCGAGACCACCGACGCCUACCUCCGGGUCGACGACCCAGCUGCGGUACCCGAAGCCCUCGACGCCGUCGGCUUGCCUGAUCCCCGCCGCGUGGCGCGUCAGGGCGUAGGUGGCGGCGCCGCCCCAGGGGUGCGCGAGGCUGGUGAAGAGGCUCAGGCCCGGCUCGCCGGCCGGCGUCAGGUACUCCCAGCUUGCGCCCGAAGCGUGGCGGUCGGCGUGGGCGCGGGACAGCAUCCGGGGCCAGAGGGAGCGGAGGAGCUUGGUGGCGGUGGCGGUGGCGGUGGUGGUGCCGUUGCUUCUGCUGCUGCUGCUGCUGCUGCUGACGACGCGCAGCAGCCCGUCGAGGAGGAAGCCGUUUGUGUUGGGCGAGAUGUUGGUGUCGGCGGCGGUCGAGUCGACCAGCGACGAGUCCUUGUACGCCGGUCCCAGCUCGAGGGCGGCGAGGGCGGCGACGGACCGCGAGAUGCGCCGCGGGUCCGAGGCCACGCCCGACGAGAGACAAAAGGCCGUGGCCUGCACCGAGAGGUCGUCCUUGUCGGCCAGCGACAGGGAGUAGAAGCCGCGGGCGUCGUUCCAGAGCUGCGCGUUGACGGCGCGCGUGAUCUCGUCGGCGGCCCGCGCGGCCUUGGCCUGGUAGGCGGCGUCGCCGACGGCCUUGGAGAUGUGGGCGAUCUCGAGCAGGGUCUGGACGGCCAGGCACGAGGUGGCGGAGCCGUCGACCGCGGGCCCCAGGAAGGCGCUUCCAAAGUUGAGCAGCUUGGUGGUCUGGUUGACGCGCGAGAGCAGCCAGUCGAACUGCAGCUGCCACUGGGCCCAGCUGUCGCGCACAAAAGCGACGUCGCCCGUCUGCUCCAGGUAGCUGUACAGGGAGCCCAUGCCCAGCAGCUGGUAGUCCUCGAGGCCGUAGGGCUGGGCCCCAAAGGCGGUGAACGGCCCGCUGGCGCUGGCGGGGUCGUAGCCCAUCCUGGGGGAGAUGUCCAAGAUGCCGAGGGGGAUCUGCGUGCGGAGCAAGAACCGCAGCGUGCCGCGCUCCAGGUCGAAGCGCGAUGUGCUGGCGCCCAUGAUGCGGAUGGUGUGGAGGAAGUCGCCCAGCCAGACCAAGCGGUCGCGCUUGGGCCCGUCCAGGCAGACGCCCUCCGCGUUGGUCUCGACGCCGUACUCGGCGAGCACGUCGGACGACGUCAUGGGGUUUCGGUAGACGACGGUGCCGUUCUGCGCCGUCGCCGUGACGUUGCGCACCCACGCCGCUUGGUCUUGCCACGCGCCGAACCCGAAGCUGCCCGUCAGCGUCAAGGGGCCGCCGCCGAUGUAGUAUUUGGAGACGUGCGUGGCCAAGAUUUGUGUCUUGUCGAGGGACACGGCGAGGAAGCCGUCGGGCGAGAGGACGGUCGUCACGUGGUACCACUUGUUCUCGGCGACGUCAAAGGGAACGCGGGAGAUGUCCAGGUCGUACGAGGUGAGGGUGGUCUGGUUGACAAAGCCGUAGCCCCAGCCGAGCUUAAGCGUGUUCCUCGGCGUCAGGGUGGUGUUGGUGUUGGAAAAGGUCGUGGCGUUGGGCAGCUCGCUCGUCAGCUGCAGUUGGACACCGCCAAAGCGACCCAGCGGCCAGGCCACCGACCACCACACCCCACCACGCUCAAUCAUGGUGUCGAACUCGAGCGUGUAGUUGCCCCAGAGGCCGGCUCGGAGCGUCUGCGUGGGGCGGAUGCUGGCCACGCGCACUCCCUUCUCCGCAUCGACCUGCCACACGGCCUUCUGGGUGCCCGACUCGACGCACGCGAGGUCGGCAGCCCGGGCCCCCAGCGCCCACACCUCGUUGAGCACCUCGUCGUCGCAGCUGAACCUGCCCGGCAUCUCGGCAAUCUCGGUCCCGCCCGCGGUGGCCUCGAAACCGACGCUCUGAAACGUGACGCCGACGUCGGCCCUGGCGUCGAGCAGCCUGAUGGACUGCCACCUCUGGCCGCCCUGGAUCAGCCCGCUGGCCACGGAGCCCGCGGCAGAGAUGUUGAAGGUCUCGACGCGGAAGGCGUUGGCGAGCCCUUGCUGGUACGGGUACGGCCCGUCGGACCAGACGUGCUCGAGCGCCGCGAACGGCUCGCUGUACUUGACCUCGACCUGCACGGCCGCGGCGCCGGAUAUCUCGGACACGGUGAACCGCGGAUAGCCGGCGACCUCGACGCCGUAGUCGAGCGUGGCCAGGGGGUGCGAGCCGUUGAGGGUAAAAGCGGCGAACGGCCCGGUGGCCUGUCUGGGUGCUGUACCGACCGCCACCUUGCUCGGGGUGAAGAGGCGCGCGUCGGCGGCCAGCACGUUUGCCAGCAGGCAGCCGCUGGAGAGGAUUCGACGAGCCAUGAUCGAAGCGAGCAGAGUCCACAACCCGAUCGGACAACCAUGUUAGUCGCGGUCGCAGUCGAGGCUCCGGCGCGAGCCAUGUUUGCUACUUUAUGUUCAAGAAGAAAUAUGAACGACUCGGAUGUUCCUCCAACUACCGAUCUCAAUACUACGAAAAUCCCAUGGGGGAAUUCGACAUUGAUAUAA